AAUUCAAACACUUGUAAUAUACAUUUCAAUCCAAUAGCUUUUUUUUGGUAUUCACUUGCAUUCUUUAGUAAACACACAGUUAUAACAUAAUGACUCAAACAGAACAAUACGUCUACCCUCCAAUGCCAUCUGAAGCAGAAUUAGAUGAACAAGAUGUUCCAUUCAUUCAUAGAGAUAGAUGUGCUGCUCAUUUGAUUAACUACUACAAAUGUCUUGAUAAGGGAAUUUCCUUCUGUACUGCCACCAAGGAAGAAUUUUACAAGUGUCAAUACAUAGCAUUGAAAGAAAGACUUGCUAACCAUACCAAGCAAACUCAAACCCACUAGAUUUCAUGAGAUUAUUAACAAAGAACAUCAGAUGAUUAUGCUGGGGGGAUAAAAGUUUGAAGAUAUUUAUUAUUGAAUAAGUCGGGAUUCGUGAUUUUUUACUAGUCAAGCAUAAACACAGAUUUAUUUUUUGUUAAAGUUAAUGUUCUUGUAUAGCGAUGGAUGAAUGAAUAAACGUAUUUUGCUACCACCAUUUUGAAUAGGCUUUGAAUAGACUUUUACUGGAUAAUUACUUUAAUUACUACUUGAAGAUUUUUUGUUAACAAAAAUAGAAUACAUUGAAGUUACAAGCUAGAUUACAAGGAAAAGGUUUUACAAAUUGAAAGACUAUUCAUGU